AUGUUCCCUGUACCCUUCUGUGCUGUCGAAGUACCUGUCGCUGCUUGCGUUCUCAUAUUCUCGGUUGGUUUUGAACAGACGCUUGAUGAGCGUGACCUGCUGGAGAACCUCGAGGAGCUGCAUUACCAAGUGGAGAUGAUGCUUAGCUGUUAUGUUCAUGAAACUGGAGAUUGCUUGACUGUCUAUAUUGGGUUGAUGAUCUUUGGGAGCUGGAGUACCAAAUUGAGUAUGAGACUGGAGAUUGAUUUUGGGUUGAGGGUCUUCGGGAGCUUGAAUACAAAGUUGAGAUUGAUUGAUUGUCCUGAUUGGCUUGAGGGUCUUCGUGAGCUUGACCACCAAGUUGAGAGAAUCGAAAGGAUCCAGAACUUACCGGAGAGGAUCGCAGCCAUUGGGCAGAAGUUUCAUGAUCAUUGGGUUACGGUCAGCCUUGCCUUCAGCACAAUGUAUGCAACUGUAUCAGGAAAGGUCCAGGACCAGGCCGUUUCAGUGAAGGCCAAGAUGAUUGACCAGGCCGUUUCAGUGAAGGCCAAGAUGAUAGGAGUGAAGGAUAAACUGAAGGAAAGGCUCUCUCCGCAGAAGGUCAGACCGAACGACGAUCAGCCGGAAGAUGAACCUAUUGCCAUACCAUUGGCAACAGAUUUCUCUCCAUGA